AAAAAAAAGGUAGGGGUGGGGGCAUUUGUUCAUUUUAUGCUGACUUUAGUAGAGCAUAAUCAUCAAGUUGAGCUUGUAAAUAUGACCUGUUUUCUUUAGCCCUGAACACUCUAGAAUAACAGAGUGCUUUAAAAAAAAAAUUAACUUCGUAGGCACUAAAUUAAACUUUUAAUUUAAAUUUAAUUUUAAAAAAAAGAGAGUGAGAGAGACAAGGUCUUGCUCUGUUGCCCAGGCUGGAGUGCAGUGGUAAUCAUAGCUCACUGCAGCCUGAAACUCCUGGGCUCAAACAUUCCUCCUGCUUCAGCCUCCCAAGUAGCUAUUUUAAAAAUUAGGUGGGUGUGGUGGCGUGCACCUUUAGUCCCAGCUACUUGAGAGGCUGAGGUAAGAGGACUGCAUGAACUUGGGAGGUUGAGGCUGCAGAGAGUUGUGUUCACAUCACUGCAUUAUGGCCUGAGGGAUAGAGUGUUUAAUACCAUACUUUUUUGCCCAGACCUGAGUGCAUUGGCGCUAUCUCAGCUCACUGCAGCCUCUGCCUCUUGGGGUCAAGCGAUUCUCAUGCCGCAGCCACCAGAGUAGCUGGGAUUACAGGCGUGCGCCCCUAUGCCUGGCUAAUUUCUGUAUUUUUAGUAGAGACAGGGUUUCGCCAUGUUGUCCAGGCUGGUCUCGAACUCCCGGCCUCAAGUGAUCCACCCUCCUUGGCCUCCCAAAGUGCUGAGAUUACAGGCAUACUAUCAUAUUUUUUAAUGUACCGUUUCUAUGUUUAGAUAUAUUUAGAUAUGCAAAUACUUAACAUUAUACUGCAGUGGCCUAUAGUAUUCAAUACAGUAACAUGCCAUACCUGUUUUAUCCUAGGAGCAACAAGCUCUACUAUAUAGCCUAGGUUUAUAUAUAAAUAUAUUUUCUAUUUUUAUAGUAGGCAGUACCAACUAGGUUUGUGUAUAUACACUUUAUGAUGUUCACACAACUAAAAUCACCUAAUAUAUUUUAGAAUGUAUCACCAUAGUUGGGGUUGAGUAUGAUGAAACAAACAAACAAAAUGUAUUACCAUAGUUAAGUGACAUGUGACUGUAUGGGUAGGCACGAAGUUAAACUUUUAAUUUAAAUAAUUGACCAAAUACUAAUAUAAUGAUGACAUAUACUGAACGUCCUGCAUUUCAUAAUAAUUGUAAAUAACAUUUAUCAAGUGCUUAUUAUUUUCUACAGCUCCAUUAUAAAGUAAGUUCCAUGAGGGCAAGGAUUUUUUAUGUUUUUCUCACUGCUUUAAGAUAUAUUUUAAUUUAUAAAUUAGGCACAGUGGGACAGGCAUGCUGACUCAUUCCUGUAAUCCCAGCAGUUUGGGAAACCAAAGUAGGAGGAUCACUUGAGCCCAGGAGUUUGAGGCCAGACUGGGCAACCCAGCAAGAACCCAUCUAUCUCUGUUUUUUAAAAAAUUAGGCCCAGUAAAAGAUUAACUACAGUAACUAAUAAAAGUGUAACAGCACCCCAGCAUCACUAGUCUUGUACUUUGGGGGGUGGGGUGGGGUCAUUAUUAAGUAAAGUAAAGGUUGUUUGAACACAGAAACGGCAAUACCUCAACAGUUAAUCUGAGAACUAAGUAACUAACGGGGCAGGUAGCAUCGACAGUUUAGAGACACUGGACAAAGGGAUGAUUCACAUCAUAGAUGGGAUAGAGCAGGAUGGAGAGAGAUUUCAUCACACUACUCAGAACAGCUUACAAUUUAAAACUUAUGAAUUGUUUAUUUCUGGGAUCUUCCGUUUAGUAUUUUUGGACGGCAGUUGACUGAGGGUAACUGAAACCAUAGAAAGCAAAACCACAGAUAAGAGAGGACUACUGUAUAUAAAUAUAUGUCUAUAUGGAUCUUAUAUUUAUGAAAAUAUUUGUGUGUAUAUACAUGUAUAUGUUGACUAAAUGAAGGAAUAACCUGUGACAUAGCUGCCUUUAUUCAGUUGAGACACAGAGAGGUAAAGUAAGUUGCCAAAGAUCACCUAGCUAUUAAAUGGAGGAGCUGGGAUUCAAACCUCUGUAGUCUGAUUUAAGAAACUGUGCUCUCAACUGCCAUUGUUUUCUGCUACCUCUGUUGUGUUUAGAGAAAUACAGGAACACAAAUAGUAAAUACUGCUUUUCUUAUUCAGUGGAGUCAGUUAUUUUAAGGGUUAUGAUAGCCUAGUGCAGGGCUUCCCACUUUCAGCACUGCUGACGUUUCUGGAGGUUUAUUUGGACAUGGAGGGCUCUGCUCUGCGUUAUAAAAUGUUUAGCAGCACCCUGGCCUCUACCCACUAGACACCAGUAACAUUUCCCCAGUUAUGACAUUCAAAAUGUUACCAGGGAUUGCCAAAUGCUCCCCUGGAGGCAAAAUCACCCAAUUGAGAACCACUUGUCUAGACCUAUACAUUAAAAGUCUGGAAGUAAGAGUAGGUAAACACUGGCAUUGUAUUUAGAAAAGUUUGGACUUCCUGCUAGGCCACAGUGACUACAGAGACAACGUGGGAAUUAGUUUGUUCUGUGACCAUAGGUAUGUCUUAUAUCAAGACCUGAAUUUGGCCGGGCGCAGAGGCUCAUACCUGUAAUCCCAGCACUUUGGGAGGCCAAGGCGGGUGGAUCACCUGAGGACAGGAGUUUGAGACCAGCCUGACCAACAUGGUGAAACCCCUCUCUACUAAAACUACAAAAUUAGCUAGGCGUGGUGGUGCAUGCCUGUAGUCUCAAAUACUUGGGAGGCUGAGGCAGGAGAAUCGCUUGAACCUGGGAGGCGGAACUUGCAGUGAGCUGAGAUCGUGCCAUUGCACUCCAGCCUGGGCAACAAGAGUGAAACUCCGUCUCAAAAAAUAAAGAUAAUAAAAUAAAAAAAAAAUAAAGACGUGAAUUUUAUCCUUUUUAUAAGGAUUCUUCUAGAAAUACAAUUUUUUAAUACUUUUUUUAUUUUCAGUUUUUAUUAAGCAUAAAAUAUCUGGCAAGAAUUUUUUAAGUGACACCUUGUUUCAGUGUCUGUUAAAAUUCUAAUGCAUUUUUAAUAGGAUAGUGAUAUGUUAGUUUGUAAUUUAGUAGUGCAAUAUGUUUUGCGAAAAUAUAGCAUGUGUGUCCCUAAAAAUCACCUCAUCGUGCAAAAUCUGGAAACAAAAAACGCAGGGCUUGGGGGGAAAAUGGAUUUAGGAGCACACCACUCAAAAACUUCAUUAGUGACACAUAGGAAUAAAGAUAGAAACCGAAUAAAAAUGGUAGCAUAAUAAAUAUGACAUUUGGCCUUGAAAAAGACCCGCAGUUUGCUUGUGAAAGUCUGGGUGUUGAAAGGGUUUCAGCAUGUGAAUUAUUGGGAAGUGUUGGGAGGAAGGUUAUCUGAAAUUGCGUUGAAAGCUGUAGGCCUGGUGCGGUGGCUGCCACCUGUAAUCCCAGCACUUUGGGAAGCCAAGGCUGGUGGAUCACUUGAGGCCAGGAGUUCAAGACCAGCCUGGCCAACAUGGCAAAACCCUAUCUCUACUAAAAAUGGAAAAAAUUAGCCAGGCAUGGUGACACAUGCUCGUAAUCCCAGCUACCUUGGGAGGCUGAGGCAGGAGGAUCAUUUGAACCCAGGAGGCGAAGGUUGCAGUGCUCUGAGAUUGUGCCACUUUACCGUAGCCUGGACUGGGCAACAGAGCAAAACUCUGUCUCAAAAAAAAAAAAAAAGAAAAGAAAAGAAAAAAAGUUGUAUCACCAGAUGUGGAUAGGUGUGUUUCAUAAAACAGCCAUAAUGAAAGGAAAGUGACCUGCAAACAUCCAGUCACAGGACAACCAUCACAGGACAAUUGUAUUUUUGUAGUGAAUGAACAGACUGUUGCAACCAUGACAUCUGAAGAAAAGAAGGAACGACCAAUAAGUAUGAUAAAUGAAGCUUCUAACUAUAACGUGACUUCAGAUUAUGCAGUGCAUCCAAUGAGCCCUGUAGGCAGAACUUCACGAGCUUCAAAAAAAGUUCAUAAUUUUGGAAAGAGGUCAAAUUCAAUUAAAAGGAAUCCUAAUGCACCGGUUGUCAGACGAGGUUGGCUUUAUAAACAGGACAGUACUGGCAUGAAAUUGUGGAAGAAACGCUGGUUUGUGCUUUCUGACCUUUGCCUCUUUUAUUAUAGAGAUGAGAAAGAAGAGGGUAUCCUGGGAAGCAUACUGUUACCUAGUUUUCAGAUAGCUUUGCUUACCUCUGAAGAUCACAUUAAUCGCAAAUAUGCUUUUAAGGCAGCCCAUCCAAACAUGCGGACCUAUUAUUUCUGCACUGAUACAGGAAAGGAAAUGGAGUUGUGGAUGAAAGCCAUGUUAGAUGCUGCCCUAGUACAGACAGAACCUGUGAAAAGAAUUACCUUUAAUUUCCGAGUGGACAAGAUUACAUCUGAAAAUGCACCAACUAAAGAAACCAAUAACAUUCCCAACCAUAGAGUGCUAAUUAAACCAGAGAUCCAAAACAAUCAAAAAAACAAGGAAAUGAGCAAAAUUGAAGAAAAAAAGGCAUUAGAAGCUGAAAAAUACGGAUUUCAGAAGGAUGGUCAAGAUAGACCCUUAACAAAAAUUAAUAGUGUAAAGCUGAAUUCUCUGCCAUCUGAAUAUGAGAGUGGGUCAGCAUGCCCUGCUCAGACUGCACACUACAGACCAAUCAACUUGAGUAGUUCAGAGAACAAAAUAGUCAAUGUUAGCCUGGCAGAUCUUAGAGGUGGAAAUCGCCCCAAUACAGGGCCCUUAUACACAGAGGCUGAUCGAGUCAUACAGAGAACAAAUUCAAUGCAGCAGUUGGAACAGUGGAUUAAAAUCCAGAAGGGGAGGGGUCAUGAAGAAGAAACCAGGGGAGUAAUUUCUUACCAAACGUUACCAAGAAAUAUGCCAAGUCACAGAGCCCAGAUUAUGGCCCGCUACCCUGAAGGUUAUAGAACACUCCCAAGAAACAGCAAGACAAGGCCUGAAAGUAUCUGCAGUGUAACCCCUUCCACUCAUGACAAGACAUUAGGACCUGGAGCGGAGGAGAAACGGAGGUCCAUGAGAGAUGACACAAUGUGGCAGCUCUACGAAUGGCAGCAGCGUCAGUUUUAUAACAAACAGAGCACCCUCCCUCGACAAAGUACUUUGAGUAGUCCCAAAACCAUGGUAAAUAUUUCUGACCAGACGAUGCACUCUAUUCCCACAUCACCUUCCCACGGGUCAAUAGCUGCUUAUCAGGGAUACUCCCCUCAACGAACUUACAGAUCGGAAGUGUCUUCACCAAUUCAGAGAGGAGAUGUGACAAUAGACCGCAGACACAGGGCCCAUCACCCUAAGCAUGUCUAUGUGCCUGACAGAAGGUCAGUGCCAGCUGGCCUGACUUUACAGUCUGUUAGUCCCCAGAGCCUCCAAGGGAAAACGCCAGAGGAGCUUACGCUGCUGCUAAUAAAGCUGAGACGGCAGCAAGCCGAACUGAGUAGUAUCCGGGAGCAUACGUUAGCACAGCUCAUGCAGCUAAAGCUUGAGGCCCACAGCCCAAAGAAUGAAAUUCUUUCACAUCAUCUCCAAAGGAACACCAUAUAUUUGGAUCAUCAGAUGAAAGAAAAUGAACCUAUUAUCACCAUGGUUCACACAAUGAUUGAGAACUCGGCGCUAAGACCCCAACUGUACCAGCAAUUCUUAAGACAGAAGAACAAGAUAAGUCUAUAUUGUCUGUCACAAGAUGAAGGUAGAGGCACAUUAUACAAAUACAGACCUGAAGAAGUAGAUAUUGAUGCCAAGUUAAGCCGAUUAUGUGAACAAGAUAAAGUGGUGCAUGCGCUGGAAGAGAAACUUCAGCAACUCCACAAGGAGAAAUACACGCUUGAACAAGCUUUGCUAUCAGCCAGCCAAGAGAUAGAAAUGCAUGCAGAUAACCCAGCAGCCAUUCAGACAGUGGUGUUACAAAGGGAUGAUUUACAAAAUGGACUGCUUAGUACGUGUCGAGAACUUUCUCGAGCCACUGCCGAAUUGGAACGAGCAUGGAGAGAAUAUGAUAAGUUAGAAUACGAUGUAACUGUUACCAGGAACCAGAUGCAAGAGCAGCUGGAUCACCUUGGUGAAGUUCAGACGGAAUCAGCAGGAAUUCAGCGUGCACAGAUUCAGAAAGAACUUUGGCGAAUUCAAGAUGUCAUGGAAGGGCUGAGUAAACAUAAGCAGCAAAGAGGUACUACAGAAAUAGGUAUGGUAGGAUCAAAGCCUUUCUCAACAGUUAAGUACAAAAAUGAGGAAGAGGAAGUAGUCCCACCUCGUCCUCCACUUCCUCGGUCCUAUGACUUUACAGAGCAGCUUCCCAUAAUCCCCCCUCUGCCCAGUGAUAGCAGCUCCUUGCUCUGUUAUAGCAGGGGCCCAGUUCAUCUGCCUGAAGAAAAGAAGAUGUAUCAAGUUCAAGGAUAUCCAAGAAAUGGAUCUCACUGUGGUCCAGAUUAUAGACUCUACAAGAGUGAACCAGAGUUAACAACAGUGGCAGAAGUUGAUGAAUCUAAUGGAGAAGAAAAAUUAGAACCUGUUUCAGAGAUAGAAACUUCAGUUGUUAAAGGUUCCCACUUUCCUGUUGGAGUAGUCCCUCCAAGAGCAAAAUCACCAACACCCGAAUCUUCGACAGUAGCUUCCUAUGUAACCUUAAGGAAAACUAAGAAGAUGAUGGAUCUAAGAACGGAAAGACCAAGAAGUGCAGUGGAGCAGCUCUGUUUGGCUGAAAGUACUCGACCUAGGAUGACUGUGGAAGAGCAAAUGGAAAGAAUAAGAAGACAUCAACAGGCAUGCCUGAGGGAAAAGAAAAAGGGAUUAAAUGUUAUUGGAGCUUCAGACCAGUCACCCUUACAAAGCCCUUCAAAUUUAAGGGAUAAUGCAUUUAGGACUACUCAGACUCGAAGGAGGGAUGAUAGUGUUAAGGAACUGGACACUGUCGUUAGAGAAAAUGAUGUAAAGCCAGACCAUGAAACUCCUCCAGCAGAAAUUGUUCAACUAAAAGAAACCGAACCCCAAAAUGUGGACUUCAGCAAAGAGUUAAAAAAAACUGAAAACAUUUCAUAUGAAAUGCUUUUUGAACCUGAGCCAAAUGGAGUAAAUUCUGUGGAAAUGAUGGAUAAAGAAAGAAACAAAGAAAAAAUGCCUGAGGAUGUUACAUUCAGCCCUCAAGAUGAAACACAGAUCACAAAUCAUAAACCAGAAGACCAUCCUGAAGAAAAUACAAAGAACAGUGUUGACGAACAGGAAGAAACUGUUACUUCUUACGAAUCAACUCCUGAGGUUUCUAGAGGAAAUCAAACAAUGGCAGUGAAAAGUCUGUCCCCAUCUCCUGAGUCCUUGGCAUCGCCAGUUCCAUCCACUCAGCCGCAGCUCACAGAAGGAUCACAUUUCAUGUGUGUGUAGUCUCAGAAGAACUAUACUGACUUCUGUUGAAACCAUUCAAAGCUAAAGACAUGGACCUUCAGCAGUGUAAGAAGAUAUUGUACAGUAUAUUUUAAAUCUAUGAAAUUCAUAGUUCUGAUGCUUUUGGUCACAGAGCAUCAUUUUAUCACUUCUGGAAAAUGUUUAUUCCAAAACAGCUUUAAUGGCCCAUAUGUACACUUCGUAAUCUCAAGGUUAUUAUUCUGACACCAGCUUGCUGCUAUGAUUUCAGAGCACAUAAGUAAAGGUGCUUUUAAUGUGCAGUCUAUUGCCAGAGCUUACUUAGUUGCUGAUUUCCAGAUCUCGAUGUUUCUUAAGUCUAGGCGAAUUUAUAUAUAUAUAUAUUUUUUUGCUUUUCAUUUUCUAAAGUUAGUUAAUAUUUCCAAUGAAGCUUGUUUUCUUUUUUUUUUUUUUUCUUCCCAUUUUGGCUACUGCAGUGCUUUUGUUUCACACUUGAUUUGUAAAAAUUUUAUAUAUAUAUAUUUAAAAUGUGCCAUUUUAUUGCUAAGUGAAGUAUGUCCUGUUUUCUGCUAUAAUUCUUUCUCAGUCAGAUUGCAAUGUCAGCAGUUACUGCCACACUCCUGUCAGCUUAAACACAAAUGUUACCGCUUAUCUUUUCUUAAAAAAAAAAAACAAAGUGUAGGUAUUUUGAAGUACUGGGCUUAUAUUUCAUUGGAAUACAUGUGUACAGCAAUAAGCAGGUUUUCAAAUCCAGUACUUAGUUUGUGUACAAAUGUAAUUAUGUUCAUUGUGUAUAUAUUAUACAAUGAGCACAUGUAAUGUAUUAAAGGCUACUUACUAUUGUUUAAAUGCAAAUGUUCAUAUCUCAUUUCUUUUUUAUCAUGUUAAAAUAAAUGUUGAUGUUCUUAAA